CGCUCGUGCUCUCGAACGUCAACGACCGGAUGUGUCGUUUAAAAACAUUGGACAACGCUGAUCGGCGGCUGUUUGACAGUGGUUCGUGUCGUUUUUAGAUAACAACUAGAAGCGGCCCCUGGGAGACGACGUGGAGGCUUUCGUUCCCAGCGGACAGCGGGGCCGGCUUCAACAUGGCGGGGCCUCUGCUGGAGUUCGAGACCGAGAUGUUCUUGGGUCUCUUCGACUGCGACGGGCUGCUGGUGGCGGCGGAGGGGAUGGGGAUCGACCGCAUCCUGCUUCACUUCAUGCGGGUGUACUCGGAACCGGGGAGCCUGGUCCUCCUGCUCAACACGAGCACGCCCGAACAGGAAUACUUCACUGAGCAGCUGCGACUGGAGGAUGUGACCCACCUGCCGCGGACCGUGACCAGCGACGUCCAGAGCACGGAGCGCUACAACGUUUACACCGAGGGAGGCGUGCUGUUUGUCACCAGCAGAAUCCUGGUGGUCGACCUCCUGACCGAUCGCAUCCCUGCUCAUCUCAUAACAGGAAUCCUGGUGUACCGCGCUCACAAAAUCAUCGACUCUUGCCAAGAGGCCUUCAUCCUCCGUCUGUUCCGGCAGAAGAACAAGACAGGCUUCAUCAAGGCCUUUACCGAUAAGGCCUCAGCGUUCUCCUCCGGGUUCUGCCAGGUGGAGCGUGUGAUGAGGAACCUCUUUGUCAAGAAGCUCUACUUGUGGCCCAGGUUCCAAGUGUCGGUCAACACAGUACUGGAGAGGCACAAGCCAGAAGUAGUGGAGCUUCAUGUGUCCUUAACCCCAGCUAUGAGGGCCAUCCAGAGCUCCAUCCUUGAUAUUAUGGGUGCCUGUUUGAAGGAGCUGAAACGUUACAAUCCCACCCUAGAGGCUGAGGACCUUUCCCUGGAGAACACACUAGGCAACGCCUUUGAAAAGACCAUCCGUCACUACCUCGAUCCCCUUUGGCACCAGCUUGGAGCAAAGACUAAGGCCCUCGUCCAGGACCUUAAGUUGCAGAGGUUGCUGCUGCUCUACCUCACUCAGUAUGACUGCAUCACCUUCCUUAAUCUGCUUGAGUCAUUGCGCUCCAGCCAGAAGAUCUUUGGCUCUAAUUCAGGGUGGCUGUUCCUGGAUUCUAGCACCUCCAUGUUUGUCAAUGCUAGAGCCAGAGUGUACCGCAUCCCUGAGAACAAGAAGAAAAUUAAAGUGGGCACAGAAGCAGAGAAGCAGAAGUCAACCCCUGCCUCCGAGGUGAAGCGGGAGUUGGUGCUGGAAAAGAGCCCGAAGUGGGAGGCGCUGACUGAGGUUCUGGAGGAAAUUGCGAAGGAGAACAACAGCUCUCAAAUUGCAGCAGGUCGAACGCUGAUCUGUGCCAGUGAUGACCGGACGUGUGCGCAGCUGCAGCAGUAUAUCCGACACGGCUCCGAGUGGCUGCUUAACCGGCUAUACGCGCGCACAGUUGGUAAACGUGACUCGGCUGUAGCUGCUGCCAUUGAACUGGACACAAAUAGAAUGAGCAAAGCGUGCCACAAAAAAGGGACCAAGGGAAAGGAGCCCAUGCAGAAAAAACAGUCCAAAAAGUGUAAAAGCAGGCCGUCGUUGACUCUGACUCAAAUGGUGGGGAAAAAGGAGGAAGAUGAGGCGAUGGGGAGCAUCUUGGACGAGGAUGAGCUAAUGGAGGAAGAUGACGGCGAGGAAGAACCGCUGAAGUUAGAUUUGCCAUCAGAUGCCUAUUACGGGGUCCUGAAGGAGCCUCUGACUGUCAUCCACCCACUCAAAGGCUGCACCGACCCCUACAGCUUGACGCGGGUGCUGCACGAAGUGGAGCCCGCCUUCGUGGUGCUGUAUGACGCCGAGCUGAGCUUUGUGCGCCAGCUGGAGGUUUACAAAGCAAGCCGGCCGGGCAAGCCGCUCAGGGUGUAUUUCCUCAUCUAUGGCGGCUCCACAGAAGAACAGAAGUACCUGACGACGUUGUCGAAGGAGAAGCGAGCCUUCGAGCACCUCAUUAGGGAAAAAGCUACAAUGGUCAUCCCUGAGGAAAGGGAGGGCCGAGAAGACACCAACCUGGAUCUCGCUAGAAAUUUGGAGCCUGCUAAUGCCACCACCAACACUCUCAAGGCAGGAGGCCAACAGCAGCCCAAAGAGCCUUCACGGGUCAUUGUGGACAUGCGUGAGUUCCGCUGUGAACUUCCUUCCUUGCUGCAUCGCCGUGGACUGGACAUCGAGCCGGUCACACUAGAAGUAGGGGACUACAUCCUGACUCCAGACACCUGCGUGGAGCGCAAGAGCAUUAGCGAUUUAAUUGGCUCCUUGCAAAGCGGACGCCUCUACACCCAGUGCCUCUCCAUGACUCGCUACUACAGAAAACCAGUACUCCUCAUUGAGUUUGAUCCAGCGAAACCCUUUUCUUUAAUGGCCCGGUCGGAUUUCCGCAACGAGAUAUCGUCAAAUGAUAUUUCUUCAAAACUCACGUUGCUCACGCUGCAUUUCCCCCGCCUUCGCAUCCUCUGGUGCCCCUCCCCGCAUGCCACAGCUGACCUCUUCCUGGACCUGAAGCAAGGCCGCCCUGAACCCAGUGCUUCGGCGGCUCAGGCGGUCACGGCUGAAUCGGACACGGUGGCCGAGUCAGCAGACCUCUACAACCCUGGACCUUAUGACUUCCUGAUGAAAAUGCCUGGGGUCAACACCAAAAACUACAGAGCUCUUAUAAAAAACGCAGACAGCCUGGCAGAUUUGGUAAAACUCAGCCAGGACAAGCUAACGGACAUUCUGGGAAAUGCUAGCAAUGCUAAGUUACUGUAUGAGUUUCUACAUAAUGUUGCUGAUGUCCAAGCUCCUGUGCAAAAAAACAAACAUGUGAAAAUCCCUUAAUUGUAUAUUAAGGAGUAUAGUAUUUUUUUAAACCAUUGAGUAUUUUCUUAAUGUAAUGAAUAAACGUUUGUGCGUGCUGAAUUAAUUUAGAUCUUGUAUUUGUUUCCAGCUUGUUAUUAAUGUACAGAAUGAAAUGACCUAAUGCAGCUAGAUUUUUAAAAAUAACUGAAAGAAAUGUUUGACAUUCUGAAAAUGUGUAUUUUUGUAUAUAUCUUUAUUUCAAAAUAAAGAGUUCUUAUAAAAAAAA